AUGCUGACAUACAUCUCUCUCUCUCUCUCUCUCUGCAUCUCUCUUCCCGAUGAGAUUAUGCUGGUUCCAAGUGAGGAGGAGGAUCGAUGCAGGCAUGCAAUUGUUAAGUUAGCUGCAGCAUCUCCUGGCGGCAGCGAGGUGAAUGUGCCAAACAGCUGUUCCCACAACAUUGUGACUGUCAAAUGUGGGCAUUGUACAAUGGUGCUCUCUAUGGACCUCAGUCCCUUCCACCAGCAGGCACGCACUGUUCCAGACAACCAGGUUGUCCAGAACAGAGGGUUUCAAUAUAACAAUUUUGGGAGCUACGAGCAAGCCUCAUCGAGAAAUCUACGAACGCCUUCCAUGUAUCCAGUGUCAAACAAUCAGCCACAAGUGCCACCCAUACGACCCCCAGAGAAGAGACAGCGUGUUCCAUCAGCAUACAACAGAUUCAUCAAGUGA